GUCGGAGAUGGCGUGCAGCGACGCAUGUCUAAAAAAGUUAGGGAUUUCCUGGAUGUGCCACACUAUCUUCAACGCGGCUCUGCUGGCAGACUUGACGAAUGAUGGUUAAAUAGCUGUGCUAAGACGUGGUUUCACUUGUGUACAAACAGUCACUCGGAAGUGAGAUGUGGCCUGCCUGUGACGAUGGCUCAAAAUUCCGAUCCCUAUAUGUCUGUACAUUGGAGUGAGGAGCACCAAGCUCAUUAUCGCACGCGCUGGAAUGGCCAAGCCUGGGUAUUCUGGGAUUAUAUCGGUCGACGUGACUCGCUUGAUGCUCAUCAGUUCACUAAUUCACUGGUUGUACAAGGUCACCCGAUUGAGGGGACCUACAACUCACAAAAUCCACAAUCCCAACAAUCGGAGCCACUCCAUCCUUCAUACUACGUGCGUGAUGGUCGCUACUUUCAGCCAGGCAGGGUUUUCUCCAUGUUAUUUACCGAGGCAGCCGGUACAACUGUGACUGAUUACAACACCACCCACUCUGCAAUCUCUCAGGUAGCCUACGGGGAACCUGUUUAUACUCAGAUCCGGCGGUUCAUAGUGGUUCGCCAUAAGAGAGAGUUUUGCUAUGCUGUCCCCAUCUUCACAUAUGGAGGACGUGGAACCACCAAGCCUGGUGUCGUUGCAAAAGAACACGCAAUUGCAUAUUCUUAUGGCAGUCAAGCCCGUCUCCUUACGAACGAGGCUCCGCUCGAGAAGAAUUCAAUUUGCGUCGUGAUGAACCCUAGCGAACGUCCUCUCCAUAUUGCGUCAAGGAUUUACUUUUCUAUACAUCAUCCCAUCCAGUAUAACGUCAAGGUCAGAGAUCUAGGCUAUGUCCACCCCAGUCAGAUGCAAGACUUCCAAGGAUACUGGCAUAUGGAAAACAGAGCCGAUACGAGCCAAGACCCGGAUAUCACCGCUGGAGCAGUGUAAGAUGGAUCCUCCAGCUGAACAGUUGCUAACACGACAACGCUCAAAGCCACACCAAUUUUCUUUUUUCGCAUGUGGACGCCCAUGUUUCAUUACAAUUUCUCUG